GAUCAUUCAAGAUUACACCCAAACUCUUUCCUCCUUCCUGUAAUACUACACGCAUCGGUCCUUCGAGCGCCAAAAAGUAUUACUAGAAGAUCGACAUGGCAAUCCAGCCUACCACGCCACAUCCUAACUAAACCGCCCUGCUGAUAUCGGCCGUUCCAAGCAUAAAAUGCCGUUUAUGCAAAUCCAACCCUCCUGGUUUCGCUUCCUCGGUGCUGGCGCCAUUUUAUCCCUGAUUCUCACGGCAUUCCUGGUCGUCGGAAAGGGAUACUCGAACAAUGCCACUGGAUACGUUCUGAAGACGCCUGGUAGGCAUUCUUCUUCUCAGGGAUUUCCCGGUUCGCAAUCGCAUUCUUGUCCGUCAAGCAAUGCCACGUGGGAGUUUGUCGUCCAGCGCGAUGGAAAUAACCACGGCCUGUCGGAGGAGCAGUGUCUAUCCGCUUUUCCCAAGCUUUUUGCUGCGAUUGACAAGUCCGCUGCGUUUCGAGCGGAUAAGUUAAUCACGUUUCAGGAGUUGGAUGAUGUGUCUAUUGAGGAUGGCAUGGUACGGGGUAUUGUUGAUGGAGGCGAGUUGUAUGUGGUGGACUUCGCGGCAAUGCCGUAUACAUUUACUCGAGGCAAAGCGACGCUCCACUCACUCAAUCGUGCGCUGGAAUCUUUUCCGGGGAGAGAACAUCUCCCUAGCAUUGAGUUUGUCCUUUCGACGGACGACUACAGUAAUGGGAAAGGGCCGGUUUGGUCGUAUUCCAAACAAGCAGGGGAUGAGGGGAUCUGGCUAAUGCCUGAUUUCGGGUACUGGGCGUGGCCGGAGGUGAACAUCGGGUCGUAUAAGGAUAUCCGGCGGCGGAUUGCCGCAAUCGAUGAAGGAACGGUGACCCCUGAUGGGAGGACGACUUCCGGGCUGCAGUUCCAGGAGAAAAAGAAGCAGCUUGCGUGGAGGGGCAACGUUGCGACGAAUAGCCAAAUCCGCGGGAAACUCGUCGACGCUGCAAAGGGGAAAAGCUGGGCGAGUAUUCGGGAAAUCAACUGGGAUGGUAACGACGACGACGACGACGUGCAGAGGAAUCUUUUACCGAUGGAGGAGCACUGUCGAUAUAUGUUCCUUGCUCAUACCGAAGGGCGGAGCUUCUCGGGCCGUGGGAAGUACCUACUUAACUGUCGCUCUGUGGUGAUCUCGCACAAGCUGGUCUGGCUAGAGGCACACCAUGCCGCCUUUAUAUCUUCCGGUCCUGACGCGAACUACGUCGAGGUGGAACGCGAUUUCUCGGACCUGGAACGGAAAAUCGAGUUCCUCAUUGAUAAUCCGGAGGCAGCGGAACGGAUUGCAGAUAAUGCUGUGAAGACCUUUCGAGACCGAUAUCUGACGCCGGCGGCAGAGUCGUGUUACUGGCGACAUUUAAUUCGCAUGUAUGCCGCUUCGUGCGACUUUGGGCCUGUUUUAAGCGAAACUCGAGAUGGGAAACAGCAGUCUCGAGGUGUUCAUUUUGAGAACUGGAUUCUUAAAUCAUGACGACAAAGUAUUCAUCAAUCUACUUUCAAC